AUGGGGCAUGUGAAUCACUCAGUAGCCUCUGAUUUCAUUCUGGUGGGCCUCUUCAGUCACUCAGGGUCACAUCAGCUUCUCUUCUCCCUGGUGGCUGCCAUGUUUAUCAUGGGGCUUCUGGGCAACACUGUUCUGCUCUUCCUCAUCCACGUGGACUACCGGCUCCACACACCCAUGUACUUUCUGCUCAGUCAGCUCUCACUGUUUGAUAUUGGCUUCCCUCUGGUCACCAUCCCCAAGAUGGCAUCAGACUUCCUGCAGGGAGAAAGUUUCAUCUCCUUCGAGGGUUGUGCAGCUCAAAUAUUCUUCCUGACGCUCAUGGGUGUGGCUGAGGGCAUCUUGUUGACCCUAAUGUCCUAUGACCGUUAUGUCGCUGUGUGCCACCCCCUGCAGUAUCCUUUGCUCAUGAGGCGCCAGGUGUGCCUGCUCAUGGUGGGCUCCUCCUGGCUGGCGGGUAUGCUCAAUGCCUCCAUCCAGACCUCCAUUACUCUGCACUUCCCCUACUGUACCUCCCGCAUCGUGGACCACUUCUUCUGUGAGGUGCCAGCCCUGCUGAAGCUCUCCUGCGCAGACACCUCUGCUUAUGAGUUGGCGCUGUCCACCUCGGGGGUGCUGAUCCUUGUGCUCCCCCUUUCCCUCAUUGCCACUUCCUAUGGCUACGUGUUGGGGGCCAUUCUACGCAUGCGCUCAGAGGAGGCCCGAAACAAGGCCUUCACUACCUGCUCCUCACACAUCACAGUAGUGGGACUCUUUUACGGAGCAGCCGUGUUCAUGUACAUGGUACCGGGUGCCUACCACAACCCACACCAAGACAAUGUGCUCUCCCUUUUCUACAGCCUUGUCACUCCCACACUCAACCCGCUCAUCUACAGUCUGAGGAAUCGGGAAGUGAGGAUGGCUUUGGUCAAAGUGCUCAGCAGUGCUGGACUCAGGUAA